GUAGCCGGUGUAGCCGAUGGUUUGGGGUUGGCUACCGAGGAAGGCGCAGACGUAGCCGGUGUGGCCGAUGGUUUGGGGUUGGCUACCGAGGAAGGCGCAGACGUAGCUGGUGUGGCCGAUGGUUUGGGGUUGGCUACCGAAGUAGGAGCUGUCUUAGCCAGUGUAGCCGGUGGCUUGGGGUUGACUACCGAGGAAGGCGCUGACGUAGCCGGUGUAGCCGAUGGUUUGGGGUUGGCUAUCCAAGUAGGAGCUGCCGUAGCCGGUGGUUCGGGAUUGGCUAUGGAGGUGAAAGAGCCCGCUGGCCUUUGACGCUUCGCCUGCCACGAAAGGAACGACGCCAUGUGGGGGUUCGGGUGGUCCAGGGUGGUGAGUUGUUUCGUGGACGUGGUGAGUCGACCAGGUGAGUGUUUCAACGACGUUAUCGACUUAUGGGCAGCCAUUGGUCCGGUUGAUGGGUGGUGGUUGAGUGUAGCCAGCCUUGUAGGUGCAGGACCUUUGGCAGGCGAUGACGCCGUUGUGGUGGCAGUAGGUUUGUCGAUGGAACGAGAAGGUGACGGGACGGAAGUUGAUACACGAGGCGGAGGUGGGAGGAGGAUGGAAUCGGCGGCAGUCGAAGAACCAGGCGGGCCGGCAGCAGGCUUGGUAGGAGUUGACGGCGGCGUGUUGUGCACGGCAUCGAUGGGAGUUGUCGUCGCCGUUGGAUCUGGACCUACUGGGUUUGCGAUCGUCCACGGGCGCUUCGUUGGGCCCUCGACAUAGGCCGAAGGUCGGGACGGUGGCUGCUCCUCCUGGUUCUGCGUAGACGCAGUAGUAGGUUGUGUUGCUUCGAGCAGCGUGAACUCGCGUGCACACGCGUCAAAGUUGUUUUCGCCAGGUCGUCGAUGGAUUGGGUUGAUGCCCGUGGUCAAGUCGUCGGCCAAUCGCUUCUUAUAGUACGCAUAGAACAAGCAGCUGCGCGCGUCACGAUGGAGAUGCUUACGGGUCUUGCACGGACAGAACGGACACGGUCGGACGGUGCGUGAGGUUGUGACCUGCCUUGGUAUCGACGAGGACGACGACGGCUCAGCAGCAGCGUGGCGUGAUGUCACACCUCGUUGAUCGAUGAGGUUCAAUCGGGCUCGUUCGUCCAACGCCAGUUUUCGUGUCUCCCACUCCUCCGCACACCACGUCUUGUGUCGCUUGGGGUUCUUGCAGAUGUCACAUCGAUUGAUCUUCAUGCCUUCGAACAUGAAGAUCUCCCGGGGCUGAUCAGACGAUCCUUCGACCUUGGUGCGAGCCAUCGUCGUCAACGC